UCCUUUACACACGCUCGCGAGUGCAAUCAGAAAAUUAAUAUAAAGUUUCGAUAUGGGUCGUGAUAGGAAAAAGUCUAAGAAGUCCAAAAAGUCUCGCAAGAGGAAGAGGGACAAGAAAUUAGAGAGAAUUUUCGAAGAAUUACAACAUCUACGUAAUAGGAGGAACGAAAGAUCACCUUCAAGGUCGAGUAACACGAGGCGUUCGAACGACAACGUUGACGGCGAGCAGAACCCGAGAGGUCUGUCACGUCACAGUCGGGACCGAUCACGGUCAAUUUCGAUCAACAGGGGAACCCAAAAUGAAUUGUAUAAAAAACCAAAAGACAACAGAAUUGACGGUGAGCGUGACCCGAGAGGCACGUCACGUCAUAGUCGUCGCAGGCGUCGUUCUCCGUCUUCAUCCCCAUCUUCAUCCUCGUCUAGCACCUCCAGAUCAUCUUCAUCGGAUUCAUCAUCAAGCGGCUCGAGCUCUAACGCUUCGACCGAUCCAGUAAAAGCCUCACGAAAGCGGCGUAGGUUGCGUUCACGCGAAAGAACGAACUCUCCCGAACAUUUACGACAACAGCCGGAAAUCGAAAACCCGACCAUUGACGCCGAAACACUUAACCUAUUGGGUAGUGUGAACGAAAAUAUUAAAUUCGGCCCAGAAUUAAAUAAAAAAUUAGUCGAUGUAUGGGAAAAUAUAUUAAAAGCAGGGCUUUCCAAGGAUAUAAGGAAAGAGCUUAUUGAAAAGUACCCAACUGCUAUCAAUUGCAAAAUAUUGCAAUCUCCAAAACUCAACCCAGAAAUAAAAUCUGUCAUAGGACAAUUGUCUCUAAAAAAGGACAGCUUUCAGGUCCUCAACCAAAACCAGCUAAGCGCUGGAGUAAUAGCCUUGGGAACGUGCUUGUCAGAACUUCUGUCAAAACCACAAGCCGAAAUAAAUGUUUCCCAGCUAAUAGUCUUAUUAGCAGACGCAGGGAGAAUUUUAACCGAUUUACACCACAGGAUCUCGUUAACCCGUCGAUCUUUUAUCACGCCGGGAUUAAAUCAACUCGUUAAAAACGUCGCCGAAGAUUGUGACGUAGAUACUUUGCUCUACGGAGAAAAAUUCACUGAAAAACUGAGUGCGGCCAAAAGUGCCGAAAAAUCCGGCAAGGAUAUCGCAAAGCCGUCAACAAAAACACCAAUCGAAAAGAAAAGAGUAUACCCGAAGGAAGCAUAUCCUCGUCCUUUAAACUACCGAGGUCCCCCCAAAAGGAGCUUCAAGGAAACUCGCCAGGGAGGACAUCAGAAGGAACAGCGGAAUCGCCUUUACGAGAAACCUCGUCGUUAGAACAAGGAGACGCAUCCACUGGCGAACAAGCUUACCCUGGUAGCAGGUCUUUUAUCAGGGAAGCUUUUUUAGCACAAGGAAUUCCGGAGGCUUCAAUUCCACUCACACUUCAAUCAUUAUCAACCAGUACCAUCCAGCAGUACAACAAACCCUUGAGGUUGUGGUGGAACCACUGUAAAACGAAGGGAAUAUCAAUGUUCGAAGCCCCGGUCCAGGAUGUCUUAAAUUUUUUAACGUCAUUAUCCGAAUCAAUAAAAACAUACGGCACUCUAAACAGUUACCGCUCCGCCGUAUCUCUUGUUUUAAAGUACGACCUUGGAAGUAACCCCUUGGUCAAAAGAUAUUGUAAAGGUUUUUCAAUCGCCAAACCUUCACGUGCAAAAUAUAAAGACAUAUGGGACCCCGACAUCGUCUUGCGGUACCUAGAGGAACUCGGUCCUAACGAAGAAUUAAAUUUAGAAACUAUAACUAAAAAAUUGUUAACUCUCCUUGCGUUGUCUACCGCUCAGCGGUUACAGACUCUGGUAAAAAUAGAUAUUCAUAAUAUUAAAAUUCAUAAUAAUGAAAUAAAAAUUUACAUUCCGGAUAGGAUUAAAACGUCCAAGAUAGGGAAAGAGCAACCUUUGUUGCGCUUUCCCUACCUUCUAGAACAGCCGAAUCUCUGCGUCGCAACCUUAAUUAAAGUAUAUUUAGAAAAAACAAAAACAAUUAGAGAAACAGGAGUGAACUCCUUACUAUUAACUUUUAAAAAGCCACAUCAUCCAGCAACCGCACAAACAGCCAGUCGUUGGCUUAAAGAUAUUAUGAACGAAAGCGGUAUUGAUGUCACCACGUUCGCAGGCUACAGCUCAAAACACGCCGCCGUUUCGGCAGCCCAACGCAAGGGAUUAGAUAUUGAGAGCAUUAGGCUUGCAGCAGGCUGGUCUAAAAAUUCUAAUGUAUUUGGAAAGUUUUAUAAUCGUCCCCUACGAGAAAAAUGUAAUUUUGCGAAGACAGUACUUGAAUGUAAGAAAUAAAAUUUGUUCUUCAAAUCGA